AUGUCGAACGAUGACCGAGGAUGUAUUCCAAAAUGGGGCGAGUUGCCCGUCGAGCAGUACUUAAUUGCACGUUCCCUUACAGGUCAAUCCUACUGUGCCCAGAAAGAGCCCCCCGAACAACAGCGCCUCCGGCUUAUCGGGCGAUUUGUCGAUCUAGACGAGAUACCCCGCGAAUGGGAUCCCGUCAACUACGGCGCCCCAUCACGAAUACCCACAGCGGAGGAAAUCGACAUAGUUCUUCGUCCCUGGCGGUCAGACAUCCUGCGCCAGAAAGCAUGGCAAAUACUGGAGUCCGGUAACGACGCGCCGAUCUUUCUCCGGACGCACUAUGACCCGGAAGAUGACAGGACGAUGGAGCAAUGGGUCAGUGCAUCGGAGGAACUUGAGAACCAAGCCUGGUGGGCGUGUCUGAGCGAUGCAACAUUCUUCAACUUUGGCCCCGACUGGCAGCGCGUCUACGAUAUCAUGCCCGAGGUUGCAGGCCCGGUGAGUGGGUCCGGGUAUAAGCGAUACCCGUCGCCAGGAAUUGUGGAAAUAUCACGAUCACAAUUCAAGGGCUCCCUUAGCAAGACCAAGCAGAAUGAGCCUAAUCGGUGGAGGGAGGAUCCGCAUCGCUUUAUUGAACUCGAGGCGGCUCACCUCCUCCGCACCGUGGCGGCAGCAUAUAUCCUCAUUGCGGAUCAGGAAGCCUUUGAGACCGGCCGAUUGCGUCUAGUUUAUGUGGAUGGUAAACGGAAUGUUAUCCAAGAGACACGCAUCGAACCCGAUGGGCAGACAAUCACGGACGUCAUCAUGGACUGGGAUCAGCUGAACCUGCCGCCGGAGUUGUGGGAGGAGGGGACCAUCGGUGAUAGAUACCGCGUUACCGGGGAUUUGGGGAGGGAGCUGUAUCAAUUAAGCGAGGCUGAUAUGGCGGAUCCUGGAGCUUGA